AUGGCAGCCUCCGACGACCUCAUCAAUUUCGACAUCAUCGAAGCGCAAAAAGAAAACAUUCAAGCGCUGCCCAGUGGACGUUCUGCUAAAAAGCUGGCCCAACUCUUCUCACCCUCUCCCCUGCACAAGCUCGACACGCCGACGCCAUCAAACACUCAAGAUGUGAACGACUGCAUCCGCGCCGAGUACGAGGCGGAGAUCGACAACAUCUCCGAGUCGGACGACCCUCUCGACAUCUUCGACCGUUAUGUGCGCUGGACCUUUGAUGCGUACCCCUCGGCCCAGGCCACACCUGCUUCCCAGCUUCACACUCUGCUGGAGCGCGCUACCAAAGCCUUCAUCGGCUCGGCACAGUACAAGGACGACCCGAGAUACCUCAAGCUGUGGGUACUCUACAUUCAGUUCUUCGCCGACUCUCCCCGCGAGACCUUCCUUUUCCUGUCACGACACAACAUGGGCGAGGGCCUUGCUCUUUUCUACGAAGAGUAUGCUGCCUGGCUUGAAGGUGCCGGGAGGUGGAAUCAGGCCGAGGAGGUCUACAAGCUGGGUAUUGAGCGCGAAGCCAGACCCGUUCAGCGCUUGGUACGCAAGUUCAAAGAAUUCGAGCAGAGACUCGCACAACAGCCAGAGGAGGCCGUCAGACCCUCAUCACCAGCACUUCCCACGAUGCGACCCGCUCUGGCCGCAAAGAUCGAUCCUUUCGCCGCAGCCCGCGCUGCCGCCGCAGACCCCCAGGCGCCCCGCCCGAACCACGGAGUUGGCGGACCUGCCUCAAAGCCUGGAAAGGCCAAGAUGGCCAUCUUCUCAGAUGCCGAUGCCGCUCCCCCGGUACUCUCGGCUCACGGAGCUGGAUCCAAGGGCUGGGACAGCAUUGGCUCGCUGGCCGACAGGAAGAAGGAGAACGUGAUGGAGCCCAAGCCGUGGGCUGGCGAGACAUUGAAGGCGGGUGGCAAGAAGAGCACUGCUCCCAAGAUGGCGAUUUUCAGGGAUACGAUGACUAAGUCUCAUAUAACCCUCGUGCCGUCCAAGAAUCAGAUAGUAGUGAAUCCUGUUAGUGGCAAGAAGGAACGUAUCUUUGUUCGCUUGGAGGCCGUGUACCCUACUCCCGAAGAGCCUGGCUCUGAGCUUGCCUUCGAGGAGAUUUGGGCAAUGAACCGUGGCUGGCUGGGGCGGAGUUGGGAUGAUGAGCCGCUCACAGAAAAUACCGUACCUGAAGUGAUGACCUCGGAGAAUUCGGCGAUUGACGACCUUGGACACAUGAUGCAGGAAAAGCUAGCGGUGCGCACAGAAACGGUAAUGAUGGACGAGAACGGCGCCAUCAUCAAAGAGAAGGGGAAAACCAAGAAGAAGAAGGUGAUGGAGGUCAACGAGACACAAAUCAUCAAGGCGAACCUGGACUCGCCCUCCAGACCGAAGCUCAAGAAGAGAAACACGUCCGAGCCAACGAUGACCAUCCAUACCAAGGCUGCCACCGAUGAGAUUUAUGAGAUCUUCAACCAGCCCCUUCAAGCUUCACCUGGAGAAGAGGAGGAAGAGGAAGAAAGUGAUGAUGAUGAGGACGACUACGAAACCGACGGCGACUACACCGAAGCCGAGAGCACCAUGACAACCCGUCAAGUAGACAUGGAAGAUGAAGCGGACGAAGGUGACGAGGAUGAGCAAUCCGAUGCGAAGAGCAUCAGCGAGUGGUCCGACUUCUCAACGCGGAAGCAUGUGCCUGAUGUCAACGGAGACGUGACAGAAGCUGAGGUGGAUAACACUCAGGUUUCCGAUCUGAUGGAUCCGAACUACGCCGAGCCAACUGGCCCUUUGUCAGACGAUCACACGGCUUCACAAGACGCAAGGGACUCGCAAGGCGAGGAAGACGAGGAUGAAGACUACCCGCCCAGAACAAAGACAAUGUUCGUUCCCAUACCGCCCGAGGAUUAUGAGCCUAGGACACGGCCGUUUAGGGACGCGGCCGAGGUGGCCAACAACCGACUUCCUUUCAUGACACCAAUUACGGAGCGGACCGAGUCAUCCCUCGCGUUUACAGAACGCAAGGCGAAAUACGAGACGCCCAGCCGAGAUUAUGCUGCCUCAACCAUCGAUGAGGAAGAAGACGACAUGCAGGACCCGCCCAGCAGCCCGCUUCAGGAGGUGUUGAGUGCGUUCAGUCCUGUCAAGAUUCCUCAGCCUCUCCUCGGAAAGCCAAAGGCUGCCCCCGCGAAGUCGGUGCCUCAGAAGGGACCCAUCAUCAAGGAGCUCCAGUGCAAUCCUGUUGAUGAUGCAGUGAGAAACGAAAUUCUCUCCAACAUCCACCCUCCCCUAAGCUCGUAUGCUGGAUUCUACGAUCACAGGGACGAGAAGUACGAGAAGGGCAACGACAUUCGGAAAUUCGCCAAAGCCAUAUCCAAGGCGGCCAAGGGAGACCGCACGAGCAAUGCUUGUGCUCUGGUGCCCAUUGAGUUCCCAGACGUCUCCACCAAGUACACAAUCAGGAAGGAGCUUGGCGCUGGUGCGUUUGCUCCCGUCUACCUGGUCGAGAACUCGACUGCCGAUGAGGGGGACGAGGAAGGCGUCGUCGCCAUGGGUAAGGGUGCGUUCGCCGUGAACCACCGCACUGCUCUGGAGGCACUCAAGAUGGAACUUCCGCCGUCGCCUUGGGAGUUCCACAUGAUGCGACUUGCUCAUACUCGCCUUGGGCCCCAACACCGCGCAUCCGCCUCACUCUCGUAUGCCCACGAGUUUCAUCUCUACCAGGAUGAGGGUUUCCUCUUCCUGCCGUUCCAUCCUCACGGCAGCCUUCUCGAUGUGGUCAACUUCUUCCGCGCCGAACCAUCAGCCGUUAUGGACGAGCAGUUGGCCAUGUUCUUCACAAUCGAGCUCUUCCGCACCGCCGAGUCUCUGCACGCCCACAGCGUUCUCCACGGCGAUCUCAAGGUCGACAACUGCCUCCUCCGCCUUGACGGCACCGCCACCAGCCACCCCCUCGACGCACAAUACCACGCCGACGGCUCCGGCGGCUGGAGCACGCGAGGCGUAACCCUCAUCGACUUCGGUCGCGGCAUCGACAUGCGCAACUUCGAGCCCGACGUCGGCUUCGUCGCGGACUGGAAGACCAGCGCGCAGGACUGCGCCGAGAUGCGCGAGGGCCGACCCUGGACCUGGCAGAUCGACUACCACGGCCUCGCGGGCAUCGUCCACUGCCUGCUCUUCGGCAAGUACAUCGAGACGGUGCGCUGCGACCAGGGCGGCAUCGGCGUCGCCGGCCGCAGGUACCGCGUCCGCGAGAGCCUGAAGCGCUACUGGCAGACCGAGAUCUGGAGCGAGUGCUUCGACCUGCUGCUCAACCCGGGCUCGUUCGUCGCGGCGGAGGAAGACGCGCGGAUGCCGGUGUUGAAGAGCAUGCGCGGCGUCAGGGAGAAGAUGGAGGCCUGGCUCGAGGGUAACUGCGAGCGGGGCGUCGGGCUGAAGAGUCUGAUGGGCAAGGUCGAGGCCUUUGCUAAGGGCAGGAGGUGA